CUUUUUCUACAUGAUGACGAUGUCAGUAAUUGUAUUACAUUUCUACGUGUAUUCAUUCAACACGAUUUGGUUGGUGUUCGUGAGGUAUAGAGAGAGACACGAUCUGGUGGCAGCCACGGUCAUCUUCUCGCUUUGCAUGUGUAGCGAAGUAUCUCUCAUCAAGUUGGGAUUCAUAGCCUUUAAUAGUGACAAAGUACAAACGAUAGUAGAUCGUUUUUUAGAAUGUGACGCACAUGUGAUUCCCGGCACUCGAUAUUAUAAUAAUAUAAUGAAAACUCUGAGAAUCGUGAAGCGACGCGCUGUUGGGUACUGGGUGACGAUCGUGAUGAUUGGGAUUAUUUAUAACAGCACCCCGUUAUUUAGGUCAGGACGACAUCUAUCUGAGGACCUGUUUGUGAUUUACGGUCUCGAACCAGCGAUGGCAUCACCAAAUUAUGAAAUUUCAAAUUUAUUAAUGACAGUCGCUUCGAUUUUCGACUGUUUUACUGUCGCCAGCACUAGCGGCUUCGUAAUAAUACUAGUAGGUUAUGUGGAAGCUAACAUGUUAUCAUUAUCCGUAGAAAUCAAAGAUAUAUGGAAUGACGCUGUAGCUGAUAAAAGAGAGAAGAAAGAGUACCAACAUUUCAAAAACCAACCGAUGAAAACAGUAAAUAUGUAUGUGAAACGUCGUCUCGUUAACAUUAUUGAAAGACAUAAGGCAAAUAUAAAUUUGUUGAGCGAUGUAGAACAUCUUUUCCGAAUUCCAAUUGGUGCAGGGUUUUUAUGUCAAAGCAUAUCUCUCGUAGCGGAAUUGCUUGGAGGAAUAAAAAAAACUUAUCUGGAGAUACCAUUCGCGCUAAUUCAGAUCACCAUGGACUGUUAUAUCGGCCAGAAGGUUAUGGACGCCAGUUUGAUCUUUGAGAAAGCGGUAUACAAUUGCAAAUGGGAGAAGUUCGACAAUUCUAAUAUGAAGUUGAUGCUGACGAUCCUUCAGAAUUCUCAGAAGACGAUGAGGUUGUCUGCCGGAGGAAUGGCGACCAUGAGCUUUAGUUGUCUUGCGACUGUGCUUAAUACCAUUUACUCCACGUAUACUGCGUUGUACCCAAAAAUACGUAAAAAUACCAGAAGGAAUUAACAUCACUGAUUAACUAUAUUUAUUAGGAAGAUACUGAAUUUUUAACAUUAUCUAAAAUUAAUAUCUAAGUAAUUUAACAUACGUAACUAUU